UAUAGUAGAAGUCCAGGAGCGGCUCCGUCAGUCCAGUCUGCUGCUGCUGCAUGGCGAAGCUCAAGGGCAAAGGCCGCUCUGGAAUCGCACCGACGCACCGGACGGAAACACCACUGCCCUUGCACGCGCUCUGCCCUGGGAUUCUAUCAUCUGGGAGCGCAUGAAGGUAAACUAUCCUGACUGCAAACCUUGGAUUGCAACAGUGUCCUCAGCGCUGGUUUUUUUUCUACCCUGAGAGCGAACACCAGCUGUCCCGCUAUCUCAUUUGAGUGGGAACGGUGGCCUCGGUGACCUGGCUUUGUUUGGUUUAACCGUCCCAGGAGCAAGGAAUAACUGUGGUCCAAAUCAUCCUAAACACAGACUGCGAGUCCAGCAGGAGACAGCGCUUUGGCCCUGGCCAGGGAUGGUCGAUAACUCCCCUGUCGGAGAGCAGGUUUUUCUUCCGUGCGGUGGCUCUCCGCCGGCCUACAGGCUGUCUGACAUGGUCACAGACCUGGGCUCCUACCAGGUGAUGCCAUCGCCGUUUUCUGAAGAUGACAUGAGCGAAUCAUCCAGCCCCCGUUCCUGCUCCAGCCCGGACUCCCAGGUGCUCAGCUCCAGCUAUGGGAGUAACUCUAGUGCUGAGAGCCAGGACAGCAUCCUGGACCAGCUGUUGUCCCAGGCCUCUUUAGGAGGGGCUGGUGGCGCUGCGACAGGAACCACGGCGCCUAUUCCUUUAUCGACUUUCCUCUGGGACUCGCGGAGAGAGGAGUCAUCCAAACGCGAACCGGUGAAGGAGGAAAGUUUUGACUUCUUAUCCUGGUCCAAUGUGGAGGUGGAGGAACGACUGGCGGGGCCCUUCCAACCAACGCUGGAGGAGAUCGAAGAGUUCCUGGAGGAGAAUAUGGAGGUGGUAACAAUGAAGCAGGAGAUCCGAGAGGGUUGUCCAGGGUUCGGAGUAGGACUGGAGGAGGCGCUUGGUCUGGAGGUUGGUGUGGAGUGGUGCAGGGAGGCCUCACCGGAGCCCAAGCUGGAGCCAGAGGCCAAGUAUUCAGACCAAACGGUUCCGAGCAACAGUUCUGCUGCUGCUCCGGCUUCUGACGCUUCCAUAGAGACCAAAACCACAUCAGGAAACCCCACACACGAGUCCAGCACAGGGGCCAAGAAGGCGCCGACCGGCAAACCUGCCGACGACAACAGCGGCAGCGGAGGGAUGCCGGUCAUCCUCCAGAUUCAGCCCGUUCAGAUCAAACAGGAGCCCACGGUGGCGUCUCUUACCCCGGUAGCCCCGCCCCCACAAACUGCUACGGGCUCAGACAUCAAAAUUGCGCAGCUGCUGGUCAACAUCCAAGGCCAAACCUUUGCCCUGGUGCCCCACAUAAUGCCCUCCCCCAGCCUUAACAUCUCUUCAAAAUUUGUGCGCAUCGCCCCCGUCCCCAUCGCCGCCAAGCCUCUGGGGCUCGGGGAUAACUCCGGCAGCCAGGGAUCAGGGAUUCUUGUCGGAGGUCAGAAGUUCCAGAAGAACCCAGUGGCGGAUCUUAUCAAAAUGCACAAAUGCACUUUUCCGGGUUGUACCAAGAUGUACACGAAGAGCAGCCACCUGAAGGCGCACCUGAGGAGGCACACGGGGGAAAAACCCUUCGCCUGCAACUGGCAAGGAUGUGGAUGGAGGUUCUCCCGAUCGGACGAGCUGUCGCGACACCGGCGGUCCCACUCAGGCGUCAAACCUUACCAGUGUCCGGUUUGUGAGAAGAAGUUCGCCCGCAGUGACCACCUGUCAAAACACAUCAAAGUGCACCGAUUUCCACGGAGCAGCCGGACAGUGCGUUCAGCAAACUGAUCGGAUCGCUGGGAACGCUGGGAAAUACAGGCCUAGGCCACGUUAGCGAGGAGUGAGCGAAAAGGCGUGGGCGUGUGCAGAAACGCCUGUGCAAGUCGAGUCAAAAAGGAAGACGCAAGUGGAAUUACUACCUUGCUUUUUGUUCCAGCAGUCUGUGAUUGUUCUAAUUUAUUGUACAAAGACAAACCGACGCAGUCACCACAUGUGCGAUCAGCUAAAGGUUGUUGUUGCUGUCGGUGCUUCGGUAUGUCGUACUCCUUAUGUUUGUUCUGUUCUUAUCUCGGAGCUCAGCGGAAGAUAAGAUAAGCUUUUAUAUUUUCAUUCAGUCUGGAUUAUGUGAUUGCUUUGGUAACAGGAUUGAGCGUCCGUUCUACCUGGAAAAGAACAACAGCCUUGUAUCUUCCUAAAAACUGCCCGUGUCUUUGAACAUUCCGCAUUUUAUGCAAUGUUUCGGAGGUCAGGCUGAAUGGACUUGGACUCCCAGUAACUACACCUCAGUGGUACUUACCGUUCCUGGGGUCCACAGAGGUUUCUCCUGUGAGGUUUCUCUGAUAGCUUUGUCCUAGUUUUUGCUGCCUUGAACCACAGUUCAGUAGCCUUGUUUUCCAUCAAUGUUUUCCAUCGACGUAUUUCACAUUUUGAAGUUUCGUAUUAGAAACAAUCAACCCUCGUAUUAUCCUUGGGGUCAGUUUGACUCCACUCAAUGUUUGUCCUUCAAAAAUAAUAGUUGACUUUUGCAGACAACUUUUUUUGCUUUUCCUAAUUUGAAGGGGACAGCUAAGUAUAAAAUUAUCAU